AUGGCAUCCUCGACAACCUCAGCAACACUAAACAGUAGUUCAACUCAAGUAUUUUUCACAUUUUUACAUGGAUUUACGAGUGAUAGUAGCGUUGGUGGUGGUGGUAAAAUAGCCAAUUUUAUCGCUCAAAUGUUUAAAGUUGAUAUUGAACAACCCGAUUUGAAUCAACCUUCAUUCAAUGAAUUUUCUGUAUCAAACGCGUUAAAAGUUAUUGAUCAACUUUAUGUAAAGAAAAAAAAAGAAUUAUGUUCAACAUCAAAUACUCAAUUAAAAAUGAAUUUAGUGGGAGCUUCUAUGGGUGGUUAUAUAGCUGCACGAUGGGCUCAAUUAAAUCCUGAUAAAGUAAACAAAUUAUUUUUACUAUGUCCAGCGUUUAAUCUAGCAGCAAGAUGGCAAGAAUUUUUAACACAAGAAGAAAUGGAAAAAUGGCGUAAAAGUGGAAAACAUUCAUACGAUGGAAGACAAUUACAUUAUGAAUUUUUUGAAGAUGCACAUAAAAAUCAUCCACUUUAUCCUGAAGUUAAUUGUCCAACAUCGAUUAUACAUGGUACAAAAGAUCAAAUUAUACCAAUAGUAUCGAGUAGAAAAUUUCUAGAAUUACAUAAAGAUAAGAAAAAUGUAGUAUUACAUGAAGUUAUUGAUGAUCAUUAUUUAACUCAAUCUGUUAUGCAAAUUAUACCAGUAAAUUCAAGACGUAUUGCGGCCGCUGAAGCAGCUGAACAACGACUUCAACAAAUGGAAACGAGAGGUGUAGAUAUAGAACAAUUGAGACGACAGCAACAGAAAAAAGUUGAAAUGGAACGAAUGGAACAGAAACGGAAUCCACUUGGUGCUGAGGGUUAUGGAGCAGGCGGACUAAAGUGUGUAUCGCGUCCACAAUGGCCAUAUGAAUUACAGAUACCAGUAAAUUCGUCAAAAAUUCAUAGAAUUGAUCCAUUACGUUUAUCAAAUAGAUCUCUAAUUUAUAAACAUACACCCGUAGGUUAUAUAAUUAAUUAUAUCAAAAUUUGA